CUGUCCCUGCUCCCCGGUUUCCUGUUUCCUCAGCGGCCGCUCUCCGGUUCAUCUCCCCGGGCUGUGCCCUCCCCCCACCCCCUCCCUCCUCUGCCCCUUCCCUCCUGUCCCCGCGGUCUCCCUCCUGUCAUCCUUCUAGUGUGCGGCCAUUGAUACAUUGUAUCCCCGCUGUCAUCCCGUCUCCCCCAGGAUUUCUCGCUUCUCUUCUUCAUCCUCCAUCUAUUUUCUCCGCACCGGCUGCUGGACUCGGACCCCCAGGAUUACCUUCUCGGGGUGCACACUGGCUUCCAUCACCCCCUCUGUAGACAGGUCUGCUGAACCACAACAGGAAGCCAGGAGCCUGCAAGAGACCCUCUGUGUACAGGUAUUCUGUCAAGCUCUGUGUGAUGUCAUCAAAUGUCGUCAAAGCUGCUUCUCCAUUGGCUAGCGCUGUGACAGGUGCGAUGGAGCUGUCUGUGGCGCAGUGGCUUCUCGUGGUCUGUCUGGUGGCGUUCCCCCUUCUGUACGAAUGGAGCAUCUCCUUCAAGUACUUCUGCAAGAUGGCGUUUUACAACAGCUGGAUCCUGACGCUGGCCAUCCUGGCCAUUCCUAUAUGUGCAGUGAGGGGGCGCAAUGUGGAGAACAUGAAAGUACUUCGGUUUAUGCUCCUGCAUAUUAAGUAUCUGUACGGAAUUAAGAUCGAGGUCCGCGGCUGGGAAAACUUCAACAUCAAGGAGCAAUAUGUCGUCGUGUCAAAUCACCAGAGCUCAUUGGAUCUGCUGGGGAUGAUGGAGAUCCUGCCUGGUCGCUGUGUGCCCAUUGCCAAGCGUGAGCUGAUGUAUGCCGGCACUGCCGGGCUGGCGUGCUGGCUGGCCGGCGUAAUCUUCAUCAACCGUAAAAAGACUGACGACGCCAUCAGCGUGAUGACGGAGGCGGCGGAGACCAUGCUGAAGGAGGACGUGCGUGUGUGGGUGUUCCCAGAGGGGACUCGGAAUCACAGCGGGUCACUGCUGCCGUUCAAGCGAGGCGCCUUUCAUCUAGCUGUGCAAGCGCAGGUCCCAGUAAUUCCAGUCAUCAUGUCUUCCUAUAAGGAUUUCUACAGCAAGAAAGAAAAAAAGUUUACUACAGGAAAGUGUACAGUUCAGAUCCUCCCAGGAGUGCCCACUAAGGGGCUGUGUGCCGAUGACGUCCCGGACCUCGCUGAUAAAGUCCGAGGGUUGAUGCUCGACGCAUUCACUCAGAUCUCUAAUGAACGCCCAGGAAAAGAACCUGGGGGUGGACAUUGAUCCUCUUCCACCGC